GCCUCUUCUCCGGCAGCCGGGGCGAGGUGGUGACUGUUGAGCCGCUGCCCGCCGCCGACCACCCCACCCACGCGCUCCACCAGCACAUGCUGGUCGCCAUGGCGACCAUGUCUAAGGUGAUCGUGGUCAGUGUGCGGCCGCAGCUGCGUGUGCUGUUCACCCACCCGCUGGAGGCCGGACCGUUGCACGUGCCGCUGCUCGACUGGCAGUUCGUCGUCAUCCGGGUCAGCAGCGGCGUUAACAUGGUCGACCCCGUGCUCACCUUCGCCAGGAAGUCUACUGUGUACUUCUACCAGGUGUGCUGUCCGGCGGAGCGGGUCAAGUUCGUGCCGCUGCAGUGGGUGGAGUUCCCGUUCUUCGUCCAGAACCUGCACUGGAUCAGCGCGCGCACGCUGGCGCUGAUCGACGGCCAGGAGAAACUGCACCUGUGGGACGUGCGCGGACAGCAGCAGCUCGAGACAUUGGAUCUCAGUUUUGUGAAAAUGGUCUAUUCCACAAGCUACUUCAAAGGGCUGGCAACGGGAGGAAACGUCAGCAAGGCAAUGGCUGUGGCCGGCGAGAAGGCCUGCUUUGAGUCGUGCGCCGUCUCCAGCGGCCAGCUGCUGCUGCUCGGCACGCGCGGCGUGCACGUGGUGACGCUGCGCACGUGGCUGGAGCGGCUGGAGUCGCACGUGCGCGCCGGCGAGUUCGCGGCGGCACUCCGGCUGGCGUGGGGCAUGUACACCGAGCAGAGUCCGGCGGCGACCGGCGCGCGCGCCGCCUCCGGUCGCCGACAGGCCAUCAUCAAGGAGCGGAUGCUGUCGCUGGUGGACGAGUGGCUGCUCUUCUGUCUGGCCGCCGACCAGCGGGAUCAGUCGCUGACCCAGGCCCUGCCCACCUGUGUGCAGUACCUGCUCGACCUGGACGAAAGUGCGGUGCUGUUCGGCCGUAUUGUGGGUCUGCUGGAGCCAGAACCGGCCGCGUAUCAGCUGUUGCUGGAGGCGCUGCUGCCGCACAUCGUGUCCGGCCGGCUGACGGCGCCGCCGCCGCUGCUCAUGCAGCAGCUGGUGACGCACCUGGAGCACCAGGACCAGCUGCAGGCGCUGGAGGAGUGUCUGGUGCGGGUGGAGCUCGGGUCGCUGGACAUACACCAGGUGCUGCCGCUGUGCUGGCGGCGCGGCCUCUACGACGCCAUCAUCCGGAUCCACACGGCCGGCAUGGGCGACUACCUGUCGCCGCUGCUCGAGCUGCUGGACCGCCUCAGUCAGCUGCUGACGGACGGCGCCCCUCUGAUGGACGGCCAGGCGCAGCUGGGCAACAAGCUGCUGGUGUACAUCUCGAGCUGCCUGGCGGGCCGCGGCUACCCAGCCGGCCAGAUCCCGGCCGAGCGCGUGCACGACGUCAAGCUGGCCGUGCUCAGUGCGCUCACGGCCGUCCACUCAAAGAACGCGGCCGACGCCGAGCCGCCCUACCCGCACCUCAGGACGCUGCUGACGUUCGACACCCGCGAGUUCCUGAACGUGCUGUCGCUGUCGUUUGAGGAGGAUGUGUUCACAUCGGAGCUGGGCAUGCGCCAGCGCCAACGCAUCGUCGACAUCCUGCUCACCCUGAUGGUGGACCGGGAGGAAUACUCGCCCUCGCAGCUGGGCUCCCUCUUCACCUUCAUCGCUCGCCAGAUGGCGCUGCCCAACAGCACCGUGUCCGUGUCGCGCGAUCUCUUCGAUAAGGUGGUGGACCACCUGACAGUGCCGGGCGACACGGCGCACCACGAGGAGCGUCAGCAGGCCCUCUGCGAGCUCAUCUCCACCGGCGUGCUGGAGCAUUACGACACCGAGCGGCUGGCACAACUGGCCGAAAAGGCCAAAUUCUACGCCAUCUGCCAGCUGCUGUACGAGCGGCGCGGCGAGCACGACCGCACGGCCGGUUGUAUGCUGCGGCACGCGGCCGGCCGCGGCGCACUGCACCGCUUCCUGGCCGACCGAGCGGCGGCCGACGCCUCCGUGGCGCUCAGCCUGCUGACGGAGCUGGUGGAGAUCGGCGUGGCGGCCACGGCCACGCUCUUCACCACCUGUCUGUCGCGACACCUGGAGGCGGCCGUCCAGACGCUGGCUCCGUGGCCUCAGCAGCAGUACCGCUUCCUCGGCGCCGUCCUGCAGCAGAGUUCCAGUGUGGUGCUGCCUGCCUCCGUGCACCGGCGGCAUCUGGACCUGAUGUGCCAGCUCGACCAGGACCAGGUGGUCCAGUUUCUCAGCAGCCAGGACAUGCUUGAUGUCGAACAGUACCUGCAGAUUUGUCAGAAGGCGGGCAACAAAGAGGGGGAGGCCUACCUGCUGGACCUGAAAGGCGACACGGUGGCCGCCUUGGGGGCUCUGGUGGACGGCCUGGACGGCCUCGGACAGUACUGGAUCUACACAAUCUCCUCCAGCUGA